AUGAACUUUGAGGACGUCGAGGAGCGCGAUGGCGUGCGGUUAUCGUGGAACGUGUGGCCCUCGUCGCGGAUCGAGGCCAACCGCACCGUCGUGCCCAUCGCAGCACUCUACACGCCCCUCAAAGAACGCGAAGACCAACCCGCUGUACUCUACGAGCCCGUAACAUGCAAACCGCCCUGCCGCGGCGUCCUAAACCCGUACUGCCAAAUCGACAUCCGUGGCAAACUCUGGAUCUGCCCCUUCUGCCUGGGCCGCAACCCGUUCCCGCCGCACUACCGCGACAUCUCCAACACGAACCUGCCCGCGGAGUUACUGCCCAAAUACACGACGAUCGAGUACACCCUCUCGCGCCCGGCGCAGGUCCCGCCGAUCUUCCUGUUCGUCGUGGACACGUGCAUGGACGAAGAAGACCUCAAAGCGCUGCGCGACGCGCUCGUCGUCUCGCUGUCCCUCCUCCCGCCCUACGCCCUGGUGGGAUUGAUCACGUACGGAACGAUGGCGCACGUGCACGAGCUCGGAUACGAGGGCUGCGCCAAAUCCUACGUCUUCCGCGGCGGAAAGGACUACACGCCAAAGCAGAUCCAGGACAUGCUCGGCCUCGGCGCCCAACCGCGCGCCGCCCCCCGGCCCGGCGCACCCGCCCCGCACGCCGCCGCGCGCUUCUUGCUCCCCGUGCAGCAAGUCGAGUUUGCGCUGACGGGCAUUCUGGAGGGAUUGCAGCGCGACCCGUGGCCCGUGGCGAGCGACAAGCGGCCGCUGCGGUGCACGGGCGUCGCGCUCUCUGUCGCCGUGAGUCUGCUCGAGGCGACGUUCCCGGGCACCGGCGCGCGCGUGAUGCUGUUCGCGGGCGGGGCGUGCACGGAGGGCCCGGGGAUGGUGGUGAGCAACGAGCUCAAGGAGCCGAUCCGCUCGCACCACGACAUCGACCGCGACUCGGUCAAGCACUACAAGCGCGCGCUCAAGUUCUACGAGGCGCUCGCCGCGCGCGUCGCGAACAACGGGCACGCCGUCGACCUCUUCGCCGGCUGCCUCGACCAGGUCGGCCUGCUCGAGAUGCGCGCGCUGCCGAACAGCACGAACGGCGUGAUCGUGUUAUCUGAUAGCUUCGCGACGUCGAUAUUUAAACAGUCCUUCCUCCGCGUGUUCGCCAAGGACGACGACGGGCACCUCGCCAUGGGCUUCAACGCCACGCUCGACGUCCAGACGACCAAGGAGCUCAAGGUCUCCGGCCUCAUCGGCCACGCCAUCUCCGCGGGCAAGAAGAGCGGGUGCGUGGGCGAGACGGAGAUCGGCAUAGGCCAGACGAGCGCGUGGAAGCUGAACGUGCUCACGCCGCGCACGGCUGCAGCGGUCUACUUCGAAGUCGUGACGCCCGCCGGCCAGCCGCUCCCGCCCAACUCCCGCGGCCUCGUCCAGUUCGUCACGCACUACCAGCACUCCUCCGGCCAGAUGCGGCUGCGCGUCACAACGCUCGCGCGCACGUUCGCCGAGGCCGGCGCGCCCGCCGUGGGCGCGUCGUUCGACCAGGAGGCCUCGGCCGUGCUCAUGGCGCGCAUCGCGGUGUUUAAGGCCGAGAUCGACGACAGCCCGGACGUGCUGCGGUGGCUGGACAGGAUGCUGAUUAGGUUGUGUCAGAAGUUCGCGGAUUAUCGGAAGGAGGACUCUAGUAGCUUUAGGCUGGCGGACGGGUUUAGCAUUUAUCCGCAGUUUAUGUUCCAUUUGCGGAGGAGCCAGUUUUUGCAGGUGUUUAACAAUAGUCCGGACGAGACGGCUUUCUACAGGCACGCGUUGAACGAGGAGGACGUGAACAACAGCCUGAUCAUGAUCCAGCCCACGCUCAUGUCAUACGGCCUCGACACGCCACCCGCACCCGUGCUUCUCGACAGCAUAUCCAUCAAACCCGACACCGUCCUCCUCCUCGACACGUUCUUCCACAUCUUGAUCUUCCACGGCGAGACGGUCGCUCAGUGGAGGAAGGCGGGGUAUCAUGAGCAAGAGGGAUACGAGAAUCUGGCGGAGCUGUUGACGUUGCCCGUGAAGGACGCGCAGGAGCUGUUGGCGGACCGCUUCCCGAUUCCUCGCUACAUCGUCUGCGACCAAGGCGGCUCCCAAGCGCGCUUCCUCCUCUCCAAGCUCAACCCGUCCACCACGCACAUGUCCGGCGGGCUCUACGGCACCGGCGGCGGCGCGCCCGGCCAGGCCAUCUUCACGGACGACGUCAGCUUGCAGGUGUUUAUGGAGCAUUUGAAGCGGCUGGCUGUGGGGGCGCAGACGAACUAG